AUGAAGCUACUUGAUUUGCCACUUGAGAUCCUUAUUGAUAACAUUCUUUACAAUCUCGAUGCCCAAUCACUUGAACGACUCAGUUGUGCAAACAAAACAUUACGUCGCUUGGUAGACGAUGAACUGCUGUGGAAACACCGCGUGUUCGCCGACUACAAUCUACCACACGAUUCAAGCUUUCGUCAUUCUGGAUGGAAACGCCUGUAUUCUAAGCUACAGGAUUCUGUCGUAUACACGUGGGGUGACAAUAGUGAUGGUCGUCUCGGUCACCCACCGCCUGCUACACCUAUCAAUAUACGUUUCAGAAAUAGGGAUGUCUAUGAGCUAAUUGGGCAACAUGGUAGACGUACCAUGAGACAAAACUAUGCAUCGCCUCAGGAGCUCGUAGCUCUACGAGGCAAAGGCAUUGUCGAUAUCUUAUCAGGCGGAUGGUCAUUUCAUGCAUUAGAUCGUCAUGGUCGCGUCUGGUUAUGGGGAAGGAUGCAUGGUGACAUGUUAGCUCGACUAUCCCUAGGCGCACGGCUUGUUUCAGAGCCAACGCAAGUACAGCUGCCAAGCAGUAUCCAAGCGAUUUCAUGCGGUCGAUCCCAUACGAUUGCUCUGGCGCGUGACGGCGAUGUAUGGCAUUGGGAUAAUUGGCAGGUUGUACAACGUAUUCGUGUUGCCAAGCCAAUCGUCCAAGUGGCUGCCAAUUGGGGCUAUUCCUCACUGCUUACCAGUCAAGGCGAGAUACUGCGGAUUAAUCACCCCGAAUCUGUCACGAACGAGGGCGACACUUUGUCUGACUUAGAGAUCACUGAAUCGGGUGUAACGCUGCAGAGCGUAGAAGGGAAUGCCAAGGCUAAUUCAUUACCAUUUAAACCGAUCGAAAAGGGUGAUAAAAUCGUACAGAUUGCAGGAUUGGAAAAGUGCACCUUGGCAUUAACGCGAUAUGGACGUGUAUUCAAAAUCCACACUGAGAAUGCUGAUGAACUAUCCGUGGCAUCAGCAAGCUUGACAACAGAGCUGACCAAAUAUGGUGCGACACAGCAAGAACUCAACGAACGCGGCCCAGGUAAAAAGAUGCAUCGGUUCGUCUCGGGCCAGUUUCGAAAUUUCGCAGUCUAUACAGCCCAAGGGAGCGUAUUGCUAGGUCAUCAAGAUCAUCCACCUGAACAGGAUCCUGAGGUGCUGGAGCAAUUACAACAUGAUGUCUGCAAAGUUUCAUUUGGCGAUUAUCACAGUGGAGCAUUGACGAAUCAAGGCCGUCUUUUGACAUGGGGUGCGAAUAGCAACGGAGCAGUGGGUCACGGUGAAGCUGGAAUGUUUGUCGAGCCUAAAGAGACACCAGAAGCUAUAUCGACCUUGCGCAACAUGUUUGUAUUUGCAAUUGGUUUCGGAGGAUGGCAAAGUGGUGCCUUGGCUAUCCCUCGAGAUUAA